CCCGAGAGUAAGUCAUAACAACUGCUCUCACGCUCGCUGUAACAUCCACAGCUGACUCGCAGAUACCAUUUGACAUUCUCUGAGCCUCUCUAAGGAUCUACUCUUGUGAUUUAUAACUUGUCAUCUGUUCACGUUAGCAACCAUGCUUAACACUACUGGAUACCAACAAAUGGAUAUGUGUGCUAGCAGGCCUAGGACUGCCAAGCACUUGACUGAACGUAAGCGACGAGCUCGCAUCAACGACAGCCUUCUUCAACUGAAGAGCAUGGUCUUUCCCGUUAUCAAGAAAGAUAUUGCUAGACAUCCUAAGAUGGAAAAAGCCGAUAUCUUGGAGAUGACCGUUCGUUACCUUAAGGACGUUCAGAGCCCAGCACAAGGCGAACCCAAAGGCAAGGGUGUCACCAACUACCACGCUGGCUUCACCGAAUGCCUGAGCGAGGUCUCAACCUUCAUGUCGAACUGCGACACCAUCGACAUCGAGACCCGACUACGCCUUCUUGGUCAUCUAGCUGAUCGUUGCAGCACCAUCAACGACUCCGAGCAGAAGCCUGAUGUGUCGAGACUUCAGCCUGCACAGCAGCAGCAACAACCACCAGCCGCAUCACCUGUGCCAACCACUCAGCAACAACAGCAGCAACAGAUCCGAGUUGCCGCUCCCAGCCCAGUUACUGUUCCCGCCUCAUCGCCUGUUCAACAGUUCGCUUCCACGCCAAACGGUAUGGUGCUCCUGUUGCCCGCCCAGCAAACCAUCCAAUCAACCCCUGUCAUCUCGGUUCGAGUCCCGGUCAGCGACGGCGUCCUGACCCCUCCACAGUCACCCAUGUCACCCGAACCAGCAGUCGGCAUGACCCGCUUCACCCCGUCACCAGUCGACAUCAAGCCAUCCAAGACCACCUUGGCCAAACACCACCGCUUUGCUCCCUACCAGGGGCAUCCUAUCAAAGCAGCAGAGAAAGAGAUGUGGAGACCGUGGUAAUGAAUUAAUAAGCCACCCCAGCCCAUCUGGAAAGACUCUUUACAUCAUCAAAAGUACUACAAAUGCCUUGAACUUUCAUAUUUUCUGUGACUAUUACUAUGCUAUCCGAGGGAGAUCGCGGGAGUUCGAUGUGGACUUUUUCAAAUGACUUUAUCCAAGAAGCGAGCAUAAUUUUCUGUUCAUUUAUUAUGAAUUGACUGUAUUUUUCUACUUUAUAUUAUGUUUAUUUUUCUUGAAAAAUGAUAUGAGAUAUAAAAUUGAUAACAAAGAUUGUGUUGAUUGUCGCCGGUCGAUAGAAGCCAAUUGCUAUAUGAAAAAACACAAAAUAAUGAAUAAAAAAUAACAAAAUUAAAUUUAA